CGCAGCUGUCCCUCACGUGGCUCCAUCCCUUCCAGCAACCGGCACAACGGUCCGCGCCAAGCUUCAUCCAUUGUGCCGCGACACACCGAAGUUGAGAGCUGUGUAUCGACCGCUUGUUUCAUCGUCGUAGUCUGUUGUGCAUAUUUAUAUUGUUGCUCGUUUGUUAAUGUGUGUUGUUAUAGCCGCCCAUUGAAUAAUAUUGUUAUCGUCAUUAAUAAUUUUUCUUGUCGACUUGUAAAGGAUCGCAUGGCGACUAGAAGGUGAGGACCGUGUAGAAAGCCUUUGUAUGAAUUGUUUGUUCGGAUGACGGUUGAUUGAAGAUGGCCUCACCGACACCCUCAUUAGAAUCAUUACCAAGAGCAAAUUCAGUUGGAUCUUUUGGAGAACAAGCAGAUUACUUAUCAUUUUCGCCAUUGGCAGAUUCCCCUUUAACAGUAAGCGGUUCAUCUCCUCCCGUUUCGGAUUCCGUAGACCGCGACAGCGAUCCUUCAGAUCUCCAUUGUUUACAGUGCAAAGAAGUGGUCAACGAUCCUAAACUUUUGGCCUGUUUUCACACAUUCUGUAGUAAUUGUCUUGAUAAAAGCAAGUUCACGUGCCCUCGCUGUCAAUCAGAUUCGAUUGAGGGUUUCAUUAAUAAUCUCUUACUGAAUUCAUCCGAAUCUAACGAAUCUUUCGUCCCCAGUGUACGUUGCACCGGGUGUAAAACUAAAAAACUAGACGCAGUUGCCCGCUGUGUCGAUUGCGUGAAUUAUUUAUGUGAAAACUGUGUCAUGGCGCAUCAAUUCAUGCACUGUUUCGAGGGCCACAGAGUGCUCAACCUGACCGAACUAAAAGAAGAGACCAAGAAUGGAAUCAUCACAAAUACUUUGACAAACGGAGGCCUAGCCAACAGCAGCGAGAAAGGCACUCUGUGUCCACGACACAAAAGUGAGAUUUUGAAAUAUUUCUGUCGCACUUGUGCAGUGCCUAUAUGCAAAGAAUGCUGCACGAUGGAGCAUCCCGCCGGCUUACACGAAUACGAGCAUAUUAGCGAAGCGGCCCCGAAGCAGUUGGAAGCAAUUACACAUGCUAUCCAGGAGGCUAAAGCUAAAGCCACAGAUAUCAGGAAUGUUCUAAAGAACGCCGAGCACGCGUCCAGUAGAUUACAAGUACAAUAUCACAAAGCACAAAAUGAAAUCAACGACACUUUCUUAUUCUAUCGAUCGAUGCUGGACGAACGUAAGCAAGAACUGUUAAAAGAAUUAGAAAGUGUAUUUUCUGCUAAACAAAUAGCCUUAGGAGUGGCGUCUCAAAAAGGCCAAGACGCAGUAGAACAAAUUUACAAAACUUGCGAAUUCGUAGAAAAGCUAAACAAAUGUGCAAGUGUUGUUGAAAUUCUUAUGUUUAGGAAACUGCUAGAUAGCAAACUCCAAAGCUUGUUGAGUUUUAACGUAGAUCAAAGUGUUCAAUCUGCAUGCGAACUUGAAUUCGUCUCGAAUUAUCAAGCCAUUCAAGUGGGUGUUAGAAACACAUUCGGCUACGUGAGAUCAAAUUCUGAGGUAUCAGUGGGACCUAGCAAACAGCCACCCAUCGCAAGGCCCACGGGAGGAUCGAGUUCAAGCGGAAGCAGCGUUAAUGGUUCUUCAGGAAGCAUAAAUGGCGGUGGCAUACACUGUUCGUUUUCCAUGACAAAUUGUAGUCAAUCUACAUCACCGUUCGAAUCGAACAUUAUUUCCAAACGAUUCAGCAGUGCCAAUAGUUUAGGCCCCUUUUCAACCACAAUUAGCGAUCUUAACUUGAACAGCAUAAAUCCUUACGAAAAAUGGUCUAAUGGUGGAUCAGACAGUAUCUUCCAAAACGGUACAGCAGAUCCAUACUCUCUCACUUCUGCUGGCACCGACCCUAUGUUAGAUCUUACUUCCAAACUUAUUUCUGCGCCUAUAUUUCCACCUAAGUCGCAAAUAAAACGCCAAAAAAUGAUCUACCAUUGUAAAUUCGGAGAGUUCGGAGUAAUGGAAGGCCAGUUCACUGAACCAAGUGGCGUGGCCGUGAACGCACAAAAUGACAUAAUAGUGGCCGACACCAAUAAUCACAGAAUUCAAAUUUUCGACAAAGAAGGGCGAUUCAAGUUUCAGUUCGGCGAGUGCGGUAAACGCGACGGUCAGUUACUUUAUCCCAACAGAGUUGCUGUCGUCCGCACUUCCGGAGACAUAAUCGUUACCGAGCGUUCUCCUACACAUCAAAUUCAAAUUUAUAACCAGUAUGGUCAGUUCGUUCGAAAAUUUGGAGCUAAUAUCUUGCAACAUCCGCGCGGCGUGACAGUUGACAAUAAAGGUUGUAUUGUUGUGGUGGAAUGCAAAGUAAUGCGCGUCAUCAUUUUCGACCAAACCGGGGCAGUGUUACAAAAAUUCGGUUGUUCCAAACAUCUCGAAUUUCCGAAUGGUGUUGUGGUCAACGACAAGCGGGAAAUUUUCAUAAGCGAUAAUAGGGCUCACUGCGUGAAAGUGUUUAAUUACGAGGGGGUGUAUCUACGCCAAAUCGGUGGUGAAGGAAUUACAAACUAUCCCAUCGGUGUGGGAAUCAACGCUUCCGGCGACAUCCUCAUCGCCGACAAUCAUAACAACUUCAACCUCACGAUUUUCACCCAAGACGGUCAAUUGGUAUCCGCUCUCGAAAGCAAAGUAAAACAUGCGCAGUGUUUCGAUGUGGCACUAAUGGAUGACGGAUCCGUCGUAUUGGCCAGUAAAGACUAUCGAUUGUACAUUUACCGGUACGUCCAGGUUCCCCCAAUUGGUCUCUAAGUUUUGACAACGCUCUCUGACGUGCGGACUCCCUACCACUGUUAUUGUUCGUUUCGCAACGUUUAAUUUUUAAUCUGCCAAUGUAACAUAUAUUUUCGGAAUUGUUAGAUAACUUACGAUAAACACGAAUCGAAUUUUCUGUGCCUCAUAAUACAAAACAGCGUGAUGCUUCACGUUACAUACAUAAAAAAGGCCAACAAUUAGUUUUAGAAGUUUAAAUUAUUUAUUUUUGCGUGAGAACAGCAUAUUUAAUU